AUGUCUAAUGGAGGGCUAUGUGGUAGUACAAGAUUUCUUGUUCCUCCUUGCAGCACUUCCAUAGAUCACAAGUCAACCAGGAAGAAAACAUCUCAUGUAAUAUUCAUUACAUCUGGUAUUGGAGCAGCAUUAAUGGCUAUAACCUUAACAAUAGUAUUUCUAAUGUAUCGAAACAAAACUGAGGUGGGUAGGACUGAAGGGAUAUUGGAGAUCAGAACUUUGCAAAGGAUUUCAUAUUAUGAGCUUUUACAAGCAACUCAUGGUUAUGAGGAAAGCAAUUUGCUUGGCACAGGGAGUUUUGGAUCUGUCUACAAAGGGAUUUUAAAAGAUGGGAUGCUAGUGGCGGUUAAAAUGCUUAAUUUACAAGUGAAAAUUUCACUAGGGAGUUUCGAAAGAGAAUGUGAAGUGUUUCGCAACGUUCGCCAUCGAAAUCUCACAAAAGUACUUGGCAGUUGCUGUAAUAAUGAUUUCAAAGCUCUAGUUCUUGAAUUCAUACCUGAUGGUAGUCUUGAAAAGUGGUUGUAUUCCCACAACUAUUUCUUGGAUAUAAUGCAGAGAUUAAACAGAAUGAUAGAUGUGGCGCGUGCAAUUGAUUAUUUUCAUAAUGGCUACUUGAUACCAGUGAUUCAUUGCAAUUUGAAGCCUAGUAAUGUCCUGCUAGAUGGAGAAAUGGUUGCUCAUGUAACCGACUUUAGCAUCGCGAAAUUGAUGGAUAAAGACGACAGCAUCAUCUACACAAGAACACUAGCCACCUUUGGUUAUAUUGCACCGGAAUCUCCUAAAGAAAGGAUCGGCAUGAAAGAUGCUCUUGCAGCUCUAGAGAAGAUUAAGGUUCAGUUUUAA